AUUAUCAGUCAGUCCCCCACAGUCAUCCUCAGGCAGGAGCUGACCUCACACGCCCUGCAGCGCUGCUCAAGCUGGACUCCUGGGACUUCUGCAGGAGCCACAUUCUACAGCAAUCAUAAGAUUCUAAUAUUUUGUUCUCAUCAGCAAUUUAUUUUUCCACUAUCAGAUCCGUUUUGGAGCCUCCACGAACAAGUCUGUCUGUGAUAUCUUUGGGCUGACGGAGUAAAAAGAGCUGCUGAGGUACCAGAGAGGCAUCAAAACAGGAUUAUCCAGCUGUUAAGUGUGAUAUCUGUGAAGGAGGAUUAGCCGACACGUCGCCCGACCUCCUAAUGAUGCUCAAAGUGCUCACAGAUCGGUUCUCUGCGACAUGUUUGGCAGCUGAAGAUGUCUCAUUAUGAUGCAUUUGGCUCAGUCGGUUCCCUUCGUUCUGCAAACAGCCCUCGAGGUUGUCCUGCAGAAUCUGUUGAUGUGCAUGAUCUGCUUCUACUCUCUCUACUACAUCGUGGUCAGCGUCUGCAUCGGCCUGCUCAGGGUUCAUGAGGUCAACAGUUUGUUGGCUCCGUUCGACUACACGACUCAACCAUCAUGGCAGAACCCAAAAUACCUCGUUGGAGUGGUCUCCACAGAAGUGACCUAUAUUCUGGGAGGCCUGGUGUUCGCCUGGAUCGUGGAGGAGUGGGUUUGGGAUUACGCCAUAACUGUCACACUGCUGCACAUCGCCAUGACAGUGGCAGUGAUGUCAGAAUUGCCUUCAGCUGAGGAAUGGUGGAUGGUUCUGGGUUCAGGCCUGGCGAUGAUGAUAAUCGGAGGACAACUUCUCGCCUACAAACUCUUCAGGAGCAACUUUGUGUAUCCAGCUGAACUACAGAACUUCUAAUGACAACGACAAAAUCAUUUAACUGGUUCAUCUCAGGUCUCUGUUUCUGGUAAAAAAAAAAAAAACACUAAAUCAUGUCUACCAAGCUUAUAUACAAACAUAUAUUUAUAUUUUCUAUAAAGCAACCACGAGGCAGACUUUGUUUUUUCACCAGAUAACUCUGUUCAUUAGCUGACCCUACCUUGUACAAAUCACCCUCCUUUGUCUAACACUGUUUUUGUAACAUAUUCUGUACAGUUUAAAUAUUUUUUGUAUUCUUUCUUUAUCCUCAUACUAUUGGAAACUGAACAAUAGAAAAGAUUCUGCAGUGAUGAGUUAAAUUACACGACAGAUUUGUGUGUAGUUUAGCUGUAAAUUACUAGACAACAAGAAAAUACCAAAGCGGUUUAUUUCAUGCUAAGUUACUGUGAAAAGUUCCGAUGUACAUCACAAAUAUACAUUUUAUUGUUGGUCAGUUAUGUUAGUUCAGACAUAUUUGCAUUAAAGAUUUUAAGCAUGAAGCUUG